AUGUCCAGGCGCAGCGUCUGGAACUGGUUCGGGGGGAGGCCGCGGGAGCGGUUCUCUCUCGAGGAGCUCGAGCACCUGGUGGGGGUGCUGGAGAAGAACCCGGUCAUCGGGCCCGGCAACCGGGAGGCCAUCGUGGAGACGCUGCGGUCCAUUGCGGAGCUGAUGAUAUGGGGAGACCAGCACGAGCCGCGGUUCUUCGAGUACUUCCUGGAGCACGAGGCGCUGGCGCACUUCCACAAGAUCCUGCGCGGGCGGGACAACAGGCGGGGGGACGUGGCCAAGCAGGUCCUGCAGACGCUGAGCAUCAUGAUUCAGAACCUUCGCAACGAGACGUCGGUAUAUUACAUCUUCAGCAACAACCACAUCAACGACAUCGUGCAGCUGGCCUUCGACUUCAACGACGAGGAGGUGCUGGGCUACUACAUAUCCUUCCUGAAGACGAUCAGCCUCAAGCUCAACGUCAAGACGGUGCAGUUCUUCUUCAAGCAGGAUGGGGGGGCCUGCUCCUUCCCGCUGUACACCGAGGCCGCCAAGUUCAUCAACCACAGGGAGGGGAUGGUGCGGGCGGCUGUGCGCACCCUCACCCUGAACGUCUUCAACGUCCAGGACCCCCUGAUCCAGGACUUCGUUGUGGCCAAGCCCGCCAGCAACUACUUCACGGAGCUGGCGCUGUACGCCACGGAGCAGUGUCAGGUGCUCGAUCUCAUGCUCUCAGCUGCAGAGAAGGGCAAGAAUUCGUCCAUCGGUGCCUUGGACAGCCAACUGGCAGAAAUAGAGGACACGCUGUCCUACUUCAAUGACAUUCUGUCCACAGGGUCAGAGAAAAUGGGUGUCGAGCUCUCAAGAGCGCUCUGGGAAUACUUCGUUGGCCCGGUGCUCCUUUGGCCUCUGCUGGACAUCCCUAUCCAGAGCGCACUUACCAACAGACCUUCUGAGGGUGCGAAUGUCAAGCGCAGUGGUGCUGUAAGGCCAGUGUGCUCCCUGUACGUUGUAGAGCGGCUGUUCCAUUUGGUUGACAACCCGAUAGUGGUGAACGCCGCUGCAUGCUGCCUCUUUGCUGGCUCUCAGGGCCUGUGUACGGCAUGUCAGAAGGCUGUGGGUGAGCACUUGGUGCCCACGGCACCAAACAUGGACGACUGGCAAGGAGAGGAGGAUGUGCAGCGCGUUGUCAGUGAGAAGCAGACCAGCUCCAGCGGG